AUCCAUUUCCAUUCCCAUUUCCUCGCGUAUAAUAACAAUAUUCAGCAGCCCUCUCUCUCUCUCUCUGCUAGAAACCGUUGUUUUCCGGUUCCCAGUUGGGACUAGUCGACCCCACUUCAUAAAACCAAUCUGCCCGUGUAGGUCAGUCAAGCCCUGGGCUGGGCUGCAAUUUUCCUUUCUUUCAGUUCCUGCCGGUUACCGGUCAAUCUUCUCUCUCCCCCUCCGGAAUUCCUCUCCCUCCUUUCUUUCUUGCAUAGAAAGUCAAUAGUAAACGCAGCUUCCCCUAUAUCAAUAAAUCAAUAGACCCCAACAGAGCCACAGGAGCGCUCUACUUCUUCUUCUUCUUCUUCAUUUCUUGAGCGCGCGCACGCACAGAAAAUGCAUCUCUACAAUGCUUGGCUUCCGCCGCCGGUCGUAGAUGAAACCAAGAGAGAGAAGGAGUCUUUCGCCCGCGUCGUCUGCUCUGUUAAGGAAUUAUGGCGGCCGGACGAUCCCGAUUCCGUCUACUCCACUCUCAGAUGGGUCUCCGUCAUCGACCUUUUCAUAAAGGCAAAAAGUGAAAUAUCUUUGGAAGAUGUUGGUGCAAUUGUUGAAAUUGGAUUAGAAGUGUUUAUCCAGUCAUGCGACAAACUUUAUGCUCAGGUUAGAUGGGGAAAUACAUUAGUUAGAAUACUUAAUAAGUACAGGAAGAAGUUGUCUUUGAAGGUUCAUUGGCGGCCUUUCUAUGAUACUUUGACCCAUACACACUUUACUAGGAGUACUGGACCAGAAGGCUGGAGAUUGAGACAAAGGCAUUUUGAAACUGUUACUUCUCUUGUUCGAUCCUGCCGAAGGUUCUUCCCUCCAGGUUCUGCCUUGGAGAUAUGGUCCGAGUUCAGAUCUCUACUGGAAAAUCCAUGGCAUAAUUCAAGCUUUGAAGGUUCUGGGUUUUUGAGGCUGUUUCUGCCAACAAACUUGGACAAUCGAGACUUUUUUGUACAUGACUGGGUUAAAAAAUGUAUAGAGCAGUGGGACUCCAUACCAAACAGUCCUUUUUGGAACAGUCAAUGGGCAGCUGUUACAGCUCGUGUUAUAAAGAACUACACCUUCAUCAACUGGGAGUGUUUCUUACCUGUGCUUUUCACUAGAUACUUAAACAUGUUUGAGGUUCCUGUGGCAAAUGGAAGUGGAGCAUACCCUUUCUCCGUGGAUGUUCCAAGAAAUACGAGGUUCUUGUUUUCCAAUAAAACAGUCACUCCAGCAAAGUCUAUUGCAAAAUCAAUUGUGUAUCUAUUAAAACCUGGUGGUUCAGCACUCCAGCACUUUGAGAAAUUGGUCAACCUCUUAGAACAAUAUUAUCACCCGUCUAAUGGUGGUCGCUGGACUUAUUCAUUGGAGCGUUUUUUGCUAUAUUUGGUACUUACAUUUGAAAAACGCCUACAUCAUGAGCAACAGAACGUAGAUGACACCAGACAGGAGGAACUGUAUCUGGGAAAAGCAGAAAGAACUUCUUUUGUCAAUGUGGUGUUGAAGUUGAUUGAUCGUGGUCAAUACAGCAAAAAUGAACAUCUUUCUGAGACAGUUGCUGCAGCCACCUCUGUUUUGUCGUAUGUGGAGCCCUCUUUGGUUCUUCCAUUUUUAGCAUCUCGAUUUCACAUGGCCUUGGAGACGAUGACAGCCACCCACCAGUUGAAAAUUGCUGUAACAUCGGUUGCAUUUGCUGGGCGGUCACUGUUUCUCACAUCCUUCUCAACUUCAUUGGCCAAAUCAGAUGAUUUUAGCACUGCUGAUGCAUUCAUUGAUCUUCUGACGAUUUCAUUAUCAAAUGCAUUACUUGGUAUGGAUGCCAAUGAUCCUCCUAAGACUUUGGCAACCAUGCAACUGAUUGGUUCCAUAUUUUCCAAUAUGGCAACACUUGAAGAUGAUGGUGAUGGAUUGUCAUUCAUGCCAAUGAUCCGCUUUUCAGAAUGGCUUGAUGAGUUCUUGUGUCGUCUGUUUUCUUUACUGGUCCACUUGGAGCCUACUAGUGUUCUAAGUGAAGGCCUGCACUCAUCAGCAACAUCUGGAACAUUCCUGGUUGAAGAUGGUCCUUAUUACUUCUGCAUGCUGCAAAUUUUGCUCGGGAAGCUUUCGAAAUCAUUGUAUAAUCAGGCUUUGAAGAAAAUUUCCAAGUUUGUCAGGACAAACAUUCUACCAGGGGCAAUUGCGGAGGUUGGGCUCCUUAGCUGUGCAUGUGUCCAUGCAAACCAAGAUGAAGCAGUUAUUCACCUUAUUGAGCCGGUCUUGUCGUCUGUUAUCUCUUCUUUAAAAGGAACACCUGUUACAGGUUUUGGAGGAAGAGGAAUUCCUGAUGCCUCCGUUUCAACCAAGGCAAAACCCACGCUUUCUCCUGCUCUUGAAACAGCAAUUGAGUAUCAAUUGAAAAUAUUAUCAGUUGCCAUCAAUUAUGGAGGUCCAGCACUUCUUCGUUACAAGGACCAAUUCAAAGAAGCUAUUGUUUCUGCCUUUGAAUCUCCAUCUUGGAAGGUUAAUGGUGCUGGUGAUCAUGUUCUUCGAUCCCUUCUUGGAAGCUUGAUCCUUUAUUAUCCUAUUGAUCAUUACAAGUGCAUUUCACGUCAUCCUGAUGCUACUGCCUUAGAGGAAUGGAUUAGCACGAAAGAUUAUUCAAGUGAUGAGCCCUCACUGGGCCCCAGGUGGCAUGUUCCGAGCAAUGAAGAAGUUCAGUUUGCAAAUGAACUCGUAAAGUUGCAUCUUGAGUCAGCUUUAGAUGAUCUUCUGAGAAUAUGCCAAACUAAAAUCCAUUCAGAUCCAGGAAAUGAGAAGGAGCACUUGAAAGUGACUCUUUUGCGUGUGGAUUCUUCACUGCAAGGUGUUUUGUCAUGCUUGCCCGAUUUCCGUCCAUUCUCAAAGAGUGGGAGGGCUGAAGCUUCAGGUUAUGGUUCUUUCCUAAUAGCUGGAGCAACAGGUGCAACUGUUGGGAGCAUUGAACUGCGGGAGAAAGCUGCUGAGGUCAUACAUAUGGCCUGCAAAUACUUACUAGAGGAAAAAUCAGAUGACAGCAUCUUAUUGAUACUCCUUGUUCGAAUAAUGGAUGCUUUAGGAAACCAUGGAAGUUUGGAAUAUGAGGAGUGGUCAAAUCACAGGCAGGCUUGGAAAUCGGAAUCUGCUGCCAUAAUAGAACCACCUGUAAAUUUUAUUGUAUCUUCUCAUUCUAAAGGGAAGAGAAGACCUAGAUGGGCUCUUAUUGACAAGGCUUACAUGCAUAGUACGUGGAGAUCGUCACAAUCGUCAUAUCAUCUAUUUCGUACGAGUGGGAAUAUCAGUCCAUCAGACCAUCUGCUUCUUCUGAUGGAUGAUCUUUUAAGUCUCUCUAUGCAUAACUAUGAAACUGUUCGUGUACUUGCUGGAAAAUAUCUCUUGAAGAUGUUCAAACGAUGGCCGUCAAUGAUUUCAAAAUGUGUGGUCACAUUUACAGAGAAUUUACGGAAUCCCAAAUCACCAGAAUAUGUGGUCCUUGGUUCUUGUGCAGUCCUUGCCUCACAGACAGUCCUUAAGCAUUUGACAAUGGAUCCAAAGGCAUUUUCGUCAUUUCUCGUUGGAAUUCUUGCAAGCUCUCAUCAUGAAUCACUGAAAGCUCAGAAAGCAAUCAACGAGCUUUUUGUCAAAUACAACAUCCACUUCGCUGGAGUUUCUAGAAGCAUUUUCAAAAUGUCAGAUAGUCAUUCAGAUGAGCCAAAAUUUUCAGCUUUAAUUUCUCAGAUUGGUUCAAUGGGCUUUGAUUCUACUGGACUUCACUGGCGGUACAAUCUGAUGGCAAAUAGAGUUUUGCUGUUGCUGGCUAUGGCUGCUAGGAAUGAAUCGAGUAUAUCAUCAAAAAUUUUAAGUGAAACUGCUGGGCAUUUCUUAAAGAAUUUAAAAAGUCAACUUCCUCAGACUAGAAUACUUGCAAUCUCAGCUCUUAAUAUACUGUUGAAAGAAUCACCAUAUAAAGUACCAAAUGAAGAGCGGCAUGAGUUCUCUAGGGAAUCACAAAGAAGCACCAAAUCUUCCCUUGAAGGAGCUCUAAGCGAGAUAUUUCAAGAAGAAGGUUUCUUUAACGAGACUUUGAACAGUCUUUCACAUAUACAUAUCAUUUCUGAUAAUGAAAGCAGUUCUUCCAGAGGAAAUCAAGGAAAUUCUUCUUUUCAAAGUGUAGCAGACAAAUCGAUCACCCGCUUCUAUUUUGACUUUUCAGCUUCAUGGCCACGUACUCCUAGUUGGAUAUCUUUAUUUGGAAGUGAUACAUUUUACUCCAGCUUUGCACGAAUUUUUAAGCGGUUAACUCAAGAAUGUGGUAUGCCUGUUUUACUUGGGCUUAAGAGUACCUUGGAGGAAUUUGUAAAUGCUAAAGAGAGGUCUAAACAGUGUGUUGCUGCUGAGGCUUUGGCUGGAAUUUUGCAUUCUGAUGUGAAUGGGCUUUUAGGGGCAUGGGACGGCUGGGUGAUGGUUCAGUUGCAGGGUAUAAUUUUAGCCCCAUCUGUGGAAUCAAUACCUGAGUGGGCAGCUUGUCUACGUUAUGCAGUUACGGGAAAGGGAAAAUGUGGAACAAAAGUUACUCUUUUGAGGCAAAGAAUCAUGGAGUGUCUGAUAACACCUUUACCUCAAAUGGCUGCUACCACUGUAGUUGCCAAGCGCUACGCUUUUCUUUCAGCUGUACUUAUAGAGGUAUCCCCACCAAGGAUGCCAGACUCUGAAAUACAGCUCCAUAAAAAACUUCUGGAGGAGUUGCUGGUUAAUAUGAAACAUUCAUCUGCCCAAGUAAGGGAAGCUAUUGGUGUAACUCUUUCUGUAUUAUGCUCAAACAUUCGACUUCACACAUCCUUUGCUCAUAAUCAUUUACUUGAAGUGGAAAACAGUAAUGUGGAUGGCUUAUCUAAAGGGGAAAGUUGGGACCAGUUUCUAAUGGAACACGCAUCUGAACUGGUUUCGAAUAUCCAGAAUACGAGUCAAUCUGACAAUCUGGAGACACAAACAGAUAUAAAUCCUGAAAAUGGGUCUUCUGUUGGUGAUUCACGGGAUGAUGUUAAAUGGAUGGAAACGUUAUUCCACUUCAUCAUCUCAACUUUGAAGUCUGGAAGAUCUUCUUAUUUGCUGGAUGUAAUUGUGGGUCUUCUUUAUCCUGUAAUUUCCUUGCAGGAAACAUCAAAUAAAGAUUUGUCACUGUUGGCCAAGGCGGCUUUUGAAUUGCUUAAAUGGAGGGUUUUCUGGGAACCACAUCUCCAGAGAGCUGUUUCUAUCAUUCUUUCUUCAGCGAUUGAUUCUAACUGGCGAACUAGAUCAGCAACUCUGACAUAUUUGCGAACUUUUAUGUAUAGGCACACUUUCAUCCUCUCAUCCAUGGAGAAGCAACAGAUCUGGAAAACUGUUGAGAAUCUACUUGUGGACAAUCAAGUGGAGGUAAGAGAGCAUGCUGCAGCAGUUCUAGCAGGACUACUGAAGGGUGGGGAUGAAGAUUUAGCAAGAGAUUUCCGUGAUAGAGCUUACAACAAGGCACAAACUAUUCCAAAAAAGAGAAAACAGAGAAAUCUGAAUUCUGGUCAGUCCAUAGCUUCUAUGCACGGUGCUGUACUUGCAUUGGUUGCCUCUGUAUUGUCAGUUCCUUAUGAUAUGCCUAGUUGGUUGCCUGAGCACGUUACAUUGCUGGCUCGUUUUGUGGGUGAGCCGUCUCCUGUGAAAUCUACAGUUACAAAGGCUGUUGCAGAGUUCCGUCGUACGCAUGCAGACACUUGGAAUGUUCAGAAAGAUACAUUUACUGAAGAGCAACUUGAGGUUCUGGCUGAUACGUCAUCUUCCUCAUCGUAUUUUGCUUGAUCCAUAUCACAACCAUUGUAAGAGAACAUAAUAGGAACACAUCAGUGGGAAAUAAUUACUUGAGGUUAUGUCUUGGUAAUAUUACUAAAGUCCUCAUAGAAAUGAGUGUUAUUUACAUUUGUAUCAUGCUUGCCGCAUGUACUUUAGAUGUUUCAUUAUUUUCUAUAAAUAAGGAGUUCUUUCCCUCUCAA